UCUGUGCCUCUCUAGUGCAGGGCGAUCUGCUUGAGUUUAAGAUAUUGGCCAUGUGUAUAGACAUUGACAUAGACACAUCAAUACCUCAAGAAAACUGGCUAACCACAUCUCUUGUUUCUUUUCUCAGUCAGAUGCACACCUGGUGAGCAGGUAACACCUCCUCAACACUACCAUGUUCUCCUUACGACACCUUCUCACCGGCUUCUGCUUUUCUUGGCUCGUUCUGGGAGUGCGUACGUCCUGUCCUGACUCCUGCAAGUGUCGAUUUUCCUCGGUCGACUGCCAGCGAGGCGAGCUUGCUGAAAUCCCCCGGGACCUACCCAGUACCAUCAAACUCCUCAGCGUCACGCGAAACAAUCUAAACCACCUCCCAGAAAAUGCCUUCACACAUCUACAGAAACUGGAAGAGCUACGGCUACCGCACAACAAGAUUGCACGGAUCGCAACCGGCGCUUUUAAUGGGCUACGCAACCUUAAAGAGUUGGCUCUGGACUACAACGAAAUUCGGGUGCUUCGAAGGGACAUGUUACAAGGAUUACCGAAUUUGAGGAACUUGUACUUGGAGCAUAAUGCGAUAGCUCGUGUAGAUGGGGAUGCUUUCCUGGAUAUGCCUUACCUGGAAGGGAUUUAUUUGGGACAUAAUCUGCUGACAGAUUUUCCCUGGUCUGCUGCUAACCGCAUGAAAUCCCUGCAGUCUCUCAACCUGAGGUUCAACCGGAUUUCCGUACUCCGUCAGCGGGACGUCGGCCACCUUCUGGAGAAGAUACUGGUCCAUCUCCAUGGAAACCCCUGGCAUUGCAACUGCGAAAUCUUCUGGUUCUGUGACUGGCUUCGGACACCUCCGCCUGAAAUCGCCAUGCACAUGAACAAGUACGUGUGCGCUUCACCCGACCACAACUCGGGAAGACGGUUCGCGGACGUACCCUUAGCGAACUUAACCUGUCGUGCACCUUUAAUAAUUAACCCUCCGUUGGAUUUAGAGGUCCAAAAGGGCGCUACGAUUGAACUACACUGUAUUGCAACCGGUGACCCAAGACCCAGUAUACAAUGGGUCACGCCAAAGGGGCAUGUCGUGUCCACAGGACAAGGUUCGAACCAAGUGUUAGAGCUAGAAGACAGCAUACUGGAAGUACGUGACGCGAGUAUUGAAAACAAUGGCAGGUAUACAUGUAUCGCGUCAAAUUUGCUCGGGAAUAGAACUUCGGAUGCGUAUGUGACAGUAUCUCCAUCCGGACACCCUACGGGGCCACCCCAGGGUAGUUACACCGCGCGCCCCACUGAAACACCAUAUGCUGCAAACCUGACCAUAUCAGACGUUACCCCAACUUCUGCCACACUUAUGUGGCUUCCCGAGGACAGGAGGGAAGCCAGGUAUAAAAUCAUGUACUUCUGUAUAGAUGAUAAUGACAUUGUCCGCUCGAAAAAUCUCGAAGACAAAGUGACUUCGUACACUAUAGAAGACCUAAUCCCUGCGAGUCAGUACACAGCUUGUCUUCACGUAGAGUAUGUGAGAAAACUUGAGAAGACAAGAGAAUUCUGUGUUGACUUCAAGACGCUAUCUGAGGCAUCUCAGAAUGAUUCUAAUUAUUACAUUGUGAUCGGUACUGCGCUAGGCUGCAUCGCGAGCAUACAAGUCUCUGCUCUCAUGUUCUACCACCUCAUCUACCUAAAGUGUAAGAAACGGAAGAAGGAAGACUCUUAUGAGGAAGAGUUAGGCAUGUACACGUCUUAUGAGGAACCUUACUCUAUUGACGUGACCCUACCAGAUAUCAAUCAGCACUACAGAAGAGGGACGAUCGCUGGAUUUGAGGCCAUUAGUGUACGUGAGGGAAGAGAGAUACCGAUACCAGUCUUAAUCAACGGAAUGUUAUUCCAGAGAGCGAAAUCGGGGAGCGAAGCAAAGAUGGCUGCCGCGCCAAGAGAAGGCUCGUUGAGUGACGUUCAACGCGCUCAGAGCAAUCCGUCUAUGAUCACGUUCAAAGGACCUGGUUCAGGCGGUUCGCCCGACAAUCGUACAACACCGUCGAAAACCGGUACGUACAAGGAGGCGGUCACGCAAACUCCUAGGAUACAGGGGAGACAUAGUAGCCAAGACCAGUAUCCUACGAACACGUAUAACAUUAACGCUGAGGUGCACCAUAGUAAGGAUGAAAGUAGCUGUAACAGCUCGCAAUCGAGCGCUGCUACAUCCGAUCACGGAUCCGACAAACAACCCGAACCUCGUGGUACAACAACAAACCUUGAGGAAGACCACGAAGAAAUCAAAGACGAUUCAGUCAUACCUGAUAACAUCAUCGAUAUCACCAGAAAAAACACCUGUAAUUUAGAAAUACACAGAGAAGAAGGGCCAUGCUUGAUCAACAGUUCCACUAGAAUGGACCAGAAUGAUUCUAGUACGUGUUCUUGGCAGAAUCCGACGGAAUGCCACCCUAGAAAACCUCCCUCUUUAGUCUCCAGCCCAACUGGAUUAAGAAUCGCGACGUCAGAGGGCAACAACAGUUCGCAGGGAAGUAGUUCGUUAGGGAGUACACUAACGAGCGGGGAAUACGCCGACGCGGAGAUGACGCAAACAGGUUCGAGCGAACGCGAUAGCGAUGUCUCGUUCUACCACUCCCCACCGGAGGAAUUCAUGGAUGGAGUCGAAAAUUGCGACGAGGGUAAUAAAAAAGUGGUGGAAAAUGGUCCAAGCAACCUACAACUUGCUGACAUGGAAACCACAAGGCUUUGAUAUAACGUAUGUUUCAUCUAUGUGUGCUACGGAUACUACUGUCUUCUUAUAGGAUUCACCUGUGGAUACUACUACUUAGGAUUCCUUACGUACGGGAUACUUCUUCUACACUGUUGUUUUUUAUCGGGUUGGGACUCUACUCUUCAUAUUGUAUCUGCGUGUGUGUGCAUCUGGGAAAGGAAAAGUCAAUACUGUUACGACGUUAGACCCACUGGUUUGGAGAGUAAUGUUAUGACGGAGGGCUGUUAUCAAAAGGCCAUUUGGCAGCGGCGUAUCUGCUCUAUAUCUUCAUCCCACUACAAUGGAUUUUACCCCAUGCCUAUUGGAUUUCUGUGCAACGGAUUGUGACUUUCGGACGGAGCGGGGGAAAACGGAAAACACACGCACACAGGUUUGUCUGUAACUCUCCAGGCCACUCCAAUUUAAUUCCUUGGUUCUCGGACCUUUUAAGUGAAAAAUACAGUUAAAAAAACACCAAUUUCUGAUGCACAUAGAAAAUACUAAAACUGUUUUUGUCUUACUUGCCUUGCACCCUCCUCGUAUAGUACUGACCUAGGCCUUAUCCAAGUAAUCUUUCAUUUUGUAUACUAAACAUAUUAAGAUGAUAUUAAACCCCCAAAAAACCAGACAUCAUGAAACCAGAGGGCAGGGAGGAAAACUUAUAAAAAUAUAUCUGUAUUCACUCUAGAAAAUAGAGUGUGACAAAGCAUAAACCUGGCCCUCAGCCUUGGUUUUCUUUCUGUUUUCCAUGCUGUUAAGCACAUUUUUUAAAAUCUGUGAACCGACAAAUCAAAUUGGUGUGGCCUUAAGUUCUGUCUACAGAAGACAAAGUAGGUGCUCUAUCCAUGUUAGUAGCUAUAUAUGACACCUGUAAGUUCUCUCUUGGUUUCUCCUUGAUUACACUUAGCCUCCAUAGCAGGCUUAUAGAACUGGGGGUUUGGUGGUCUUCGGCUGUUUUCUGAUUAGCCCAGUUCU